AUGAUGUAUACCAACACCAACAAGUACUUUCUCAUUGCCGCUCUUUUUGCUGCUCUUUCCAGCUUGGUGAAAGCUCAGUUUGACGGUGGUGACUUUGGACACCAACCCGCGAUUUGUCCUCCUUUCCGAUGCCGCAAGGGCCAAGAGCCUGUUCCCAAGUGGCCUUACAAGGUCAAAUCUAUGGGCUGCGCUGCGUCCUCUGGCGGUAUGAUGGCCAUGCAACCAUCCAGCAUGGGACAGGAGGAUCCUUUGGAAGACUGCUGUCAUUCUAGAGAAGUCUGUCUUCAGACCUGUGGUUCCGUCAAGCAUUUGUGCAUUGAAGAAUUUCAGAAAUGCAGCGAACGCACUUGCGCUUCUCUUUCGAAGUCAGUAGACCGCCAGGAUUGCAACAAAAAAGUGGAAUUGCAAAAAAUGCUGGCGGGCAUGUCCAACAAUUGCCGCGACUACGACAAUUACCAACGACAAGCCUGCAAGUGUGUCGACGAAGACAAGGCCGACAAGGAAAAGGUCAAGUUUUUGACUCGCUUUUACGAAAAGCACAAUCCAGAGGACGUCGGCAAAGCUGAAAAAUUGGCGGCCAAGGCGGAUACCGCCCGCAAAAUGUCCACCGUGAUUGUCAAGUUGGUCCAAAAGUACCCAAAGGCCAUGAAGAUCAUUGAAGAUCCAAACAAGGCGAUGAUGGACAAAAUAUUGAAGGAAGCUAAAGAAAAGAAGGAUGACACUGAUGAAGAAGAUGAUGAAAGUACAGCCGAAGAUAUGGGCACCGACGAACUCUAG